CCCUUGACCGAACUAUAAUAAACAAGCGAUACCUUCUGAAUAUGAAGAACACUUUUGCAUGGGUUUCACGAGAAUACCUUGCUAAAAUUUGUUACAUGUACUAGGAUUGUGUACAUUAUAUGGGACAUUCCAACAACGGAACUGAGAUACCAAUUUGUAUACAAUUCAUAAAAGCAUCCGGUUUUGUCCAGAGAUGAAACGAAAGUGUUUCCGCUGGCGAUCACCGCUUCUGCUAGCGAUCGUCUGCAUUCUUAUACACAUUUACCGACAUUAUUUAAAAAAUGCUGACGCAGCCUUAAUGCCGUCAUUGACAAAGAGAAGUCUUAAACGACUUGUACAAGAUGUAAACUGUGCUGCUAUCUUGAACGGUGACAAGUCAGAAAUCAACAAAGCAAUAAAAUUGAUGAAGACUGGGAACUACUCGCGUAAACGGAUUGCAGAUAAAGACUAUAUUCAGCUUACGACAAACUGUGCUGUUUUUAAAAGCAGUCGAGGAUAUUAUAACCUUGUUUCACCAGAAGAGGCAGAAUUUCCUGUCGCUUAUAGCAUACUACUGUAUAAAGAUGUUGAACAGGCUGAGCGAUUACUACGCGCAAUUUAUACACCGCAAAACUACUUUUGUUUGCACGUUGAUGCUGAUUCUAAACAAGAAGUACAUGAUGCCGUCCAGGGCAUUGCAAAAUGUUUUGAUAACGUUUUUGUUGUUUCUAGAAAAGAAUUCAUAGUCUACGCGGGUUUUACGAGGUUACAAGCAGACAUAAACUGUAUGGAGAAUUUGUUACAGAGUGGACAAAAUUGGAAAUACUUUAUUAACUUGCCAAGUCAAGAAUAUCCAUUGAAAACGAACAAAGAAAUAGUAAAAAUAUUGAGAAUUUAUAACGGAGCAAACGAUAUUGAAGGUUUGACUGGCAGACGGAAGUUGACAUUUCGAUACAAAAAUCGGUUUGUUUAUAAACAUAUUGAUAAUAGUACCAAACCAAAAUCAUUUAAAAUAAAACAGAUAAAAGACGCGCCACCUUAUAACAUAACUGUUGUAAAAGGUAGUGCUUAUGGUAUAUUUAGCCGAGAUUUUGUACAUUAUAUAGUAAAUAAUAAAAUUGCACGAGAAUUAUUAGACUGGUUCAGAGAUGUACUCAGUCCAGACGAGUAUUAUUGGGCGACAUUGAACUUCAACCAUCACAUUGGGACACCAUGCUCAUAUUACAAAGGCAAGCCAGAUAAUAAACCAUGGCUGGCAACGUUUGCAGCAUGGGGCGGGGAAAACCCAUGUCACGGAAAACUCGUGCGUAGAGUAUGUGUGUUUGGGGUCGGUGACUUAAAGGCCCUCUCUAGUAAACACCAUCUGUUUGCAAAUAAGUUCCACAUAAAUUACCAACGGUAUGCUUUAGACUGUAUGGAAGAAUGGCACUACAAUAAAACUGCUGAAGGAGAUUUAAAAUCUUUAAACAUUUCAUAUUAUGAAUCACUUUCGUUUAUAAAGAGAGAUACAGGGAGAUAACACAAACGGAAAAUAGUUAUUAUAAGUACAAGUGCAGCAAGAAAACAAUGAGCUGAUAUAUACAACUGCUAUAACUAGCUAAAUGAGGUUUUCUGUGGUCAGCAAUAAUGGUCGCAAGUAAAUUUUAAUCAACAGAUAUGUGGCUAUUCUAUGCAAUAUACGCAAGAGCUUAUUUACAUCUCUGUAUGGACUGACAUGCUACUUCAUAUCUAUUAUUAUACCGGCUUGUUCAGAGCAUACAUACGGACACUAUGCAAAGAGAUUGUUCGUUACAACUUGCGACAAUUAUGAACAGAAUACUUACAAUGUUGUUCAAGUGCUGUCAAUUAAAUACACCAAUACUGAUUUAUAACAAACUUUGAUAUGUCUAACUAUUCCGCAUAGCUUUCGUGGUUGUUCGCAAUAAACAAUGUUUAAUGCUUCUCCUUUACUGAACAAUUAAAGCAACUAUAUUGCCAAUGUAUAUGUAUAACACUGAUACAAUGUUAUCCAACAGCCAUGUAAUUAUUUUUAUUACUAAUAAUUAAUAAUUUUUGUGUAACUUAAAUCAAUAAUAGGUUUCUGCUAUGCUAAUGAAUAUGAUCUAUAAUGGAUUAUAAUAUAAGAAAUUCUAUCGUUUGUAAAUAUUAUCGUCUUGCAAUAAAUGUAGAAAUUCUGUCGUCAUGCAAAGGGAAGUCACACCAUGUUUUCUCCUCGUCCUAUAAAGGGUCAAAACUGUCACUGA